GUGGAGGAGUGUACCACGCGCGCUCCUGAACAUCCUGCCUCCUUUCACCGAAAGCGCGCUUCCAGUGUGAGACUGGCUGUGCGUGUAGCGUACCCUACUGUUUGUGAGUGUUCGCGGCAAGAACAGCAAAAUUAACCGGAGCGGUUUUCAUGGUAAUUACAAUAUGUGCAUUACGACUACAUGUGAUUUCAGUGACCCUUUAAACUAGGAUAUAAGGUGAGCAAGUCCCAGCCUUCCCUGUCCCGCCCAGUGUCUGCACAGUGUCUACCAGUGGUCUCUUUGUCCGCCUCAUCGCUCUCGUCCCCCCCAGUCCCCUGCCAUGGCACUCCUCUCCACCUCUCUCUCGGCCUCUGUCCCCUUCCUCCUUUUCCUCCUCCUGCCACUGCCUCCGCCCGGCUCCCUGGAAUCUCUGCGAGCGGGAGGUGGGGGCGAAGAAGAGAACCGCUCCAUCUCCACCGUGUUCUAUCCCUCCACCGCUCCGGAGCUCUGGGGCAACAGCAGCGUGGGACACGGCGGCAGUUCAAAGUGCACGGAGCCAGUGGUGUGCAGACCGGGUAUCCUGCUGCCCGUCUGGAAGCCCCUGAGCCCCGGGCUGGGUGAACAGGUGGCCAGGGCUGUGGUCUACUUCACCUGCCUCAUGUAUAUGUUCCUUGGAGUGUCCAUCAUCGCAGACCGCUUCAUGGCCUCAAUUGAGGUCAUCACCUCGCAGGAGAAGGAGGUAACUGUCACCAUGCCAAACGGUGAGACGUCUGUCGCCACUGUACGUAUCUGGAACGAGACGGUUUCCAACCUCACUCUUAUGGCUCUGGGCUCCUCGGCCCCAGAGAUCCUGCUGUCUGUCAUAGAGGUGUGUGGGCACGGGUUUAAUGCAGGCGAGCUGGGCCCUGGCACCAUCGUGGGCAGCGCCGCCUUCAACAUGUUUGUAAUCAUCGCCAUCUGUGUGUGGGUCAUCCCUGAGGGAGAGACCAGGAAGAUCAAACACCUGCGCGUUUUCUUCAUCACAGCCUUCUGGAGUAUCUUCGCUUACAUCUGGCUCUACCUUAUCCUGGCCGUCAUCUCCCCUGGAGUAGUGGAGGUGUGGGAGGCCCUGGUCACCCUCCUCUACUUCCCAGUGUGUGUGAUCCUGGCCUGGAUUGCUGACCGCCGCCUCCUCUUCUACAAGUACAUGGGCAAACGUUACCGCGCCGACAAGCACGGCAUCGUUGUGGAGACUGAAGGGGACAUGACCCCUAAAGGCAUGGAGAUGCUCAUGGACGGGAAGUUCCCCUCCAGGGGAGGGGUGAUGGGGGCCAUGCCCACUGAAAACUGUCCGGACGGCGCCGGCAGCGCCGCGGGCACGGUGGCCAACCUGCCCAACUCAAACAGCACCACGGUGAUUGUGGAGAACACCAAGGAGCUGGACGAGAGCCGCAAGGAGGUGAUCCGCAUCCUGAAGGAGCUGAAACAGAAGUUUCCGGAGAAGGAGCUGGACCAGCUGGUCGAGCUGGCGAACUACUACGCCCUCCUUCACCAGCAGAAGAGCCGAGCGUUCUACCGCAUACAGGCCACGCGCAUGAUGAUCGGCGCCGGCAACGUGCUGAAGAGGCACGCGGCCGACCACGCCCGUCGCACCGCCGUCGUGGAAGAGGAAGUGGUCCGCGAGGAUGACGACUCGACGGUGUGCAGCCACCUGUCGUUUGAGAGCGCCCACGUCCAGUGCAUGGAGAACUGUGGCGUCCUGGCCUUGGCCGUGGUCUGUCGGGGGGGCCUCGGGGAGAGCACCUUCUACGUGGACUACCGGACAGAAGAUGGCUCUGCCAAUGCCGGAUCGGACUACGAGUACUGUGAAGGAACGUUGGUGUUCAAACCUGGGGAGACCCGGAAGGAGAUCAAGGUCGGCAUCAUUGAUGAUGACAUCUUCGAAGAGGAUGAGCACUUCUUUGUGCGCCUGCUGAACCUGCGCAUCGGCGAUGCUGAGGGAAUGUUCGAGAGUGACGAGCCGGGAGCGGGACCCAAGGGCCGCCUGGUAGAACCCCUGGUCGCCACGGUGACCAUCCUGGAUGACGACCACGCGGGCAUCUUCACGUUUUGCGACCGGCUGGCGCGCGUCAGCGAGAGCGUGGGCACCAUGGAGGUCACGGUGGUGCGCAACUCUGGCGCUCGCGGUACUGUGAUCCUGCCCUAUCACACGGAAUCUGGCACGGCCAAGGGCGGCGGCGUUGACUUCGAGGACGCCCGGGGAGAGCUGGAGUUUUCCAAUGAUCAGACAACUCAGACCCUGCAGGUGAGGAUAAUUGAUGAUGAGGAGUAUGAGAAAAAGGAGAACUUCUACAUUGUACUUGAGGAACCACGCUGGCUCAAGAGAGGAAUAUCAGCUUUUCUGCUUAAUCAAGAAGAUCCCAAUGGACAGAUGAGUGCAGAGGAGGAGGAGGCCAGGCGCAUUGCAGAAAUGGGAAAGCCCAUCUUGGGAGAGCACAGCCGUCUGGAGGUGGUCAUUGAGGAGUCAUAUGAGUUCAAGAGCACCGUUGACAAGCUCAUUAAGAAGACCAACUUGGCCCUUGUGAUUGGCACUCACUCCUGGAGGGAGCAGUUCGUGGAAGCUGUGACUGUCAGCGCAGGUGACGGGGACGACGACGACGAGAAGGGGCGUGAGGAGCGCCUGCCUUCCUGCUACGACUACGUCAUGCACUUCCUGACCGUGUUCUGGAAGGUCCUGUUCGCCUGCGUCCCGCCCACUGAGUACUGGAAUGGCUGGGCCUGCUUCUUCGUGUCCAUCUCGGUCAUCGGCAUCCUGACUGCCGUAAUCGGGGACUUGGCGUCUCACUUUGGCUGCACGGUGGGCCUCAAGGACACGGUCACCGCUGUAGUGUUUGUGGCUCUGGGCACCUCCAUUCCCGACACAUUUGCCAGUAAGGUGGCUGCCACGCAGGACCAGCACGCCGACGCGUCGGUGGGCAACGUGACGGGCAGCAACGCGGUCAACGUGUUCCUGGGCAUCGGCGUGGCGUGGUCGGUGGCGGCCGUCUACUGGAAGGCGCAGGGCAAGGAGUUCCGCGUGGACCCGGGCUCCCUGGCCUUCUCCGUCACCCUCUUCACCAUCUUCGCCUUCAUCUGCAUGGGCGUGCUGCUGUUCCGCCGGCGGCCCUCCAUCGGUGGGGAGCUGGGGGGGCCGCGGACAGCACGCAUCGUCACGAGCCUCCUGUUCCUGGGCCUCUGGUUCCUCUACAUCCUGUUCUCCAGCCUGGAGGCCUACUGCCACGUAGAGGGUUUCUAGAGGACACAUGAGAGCAGACGGGGCUACCAGUCAAGACACUGACAUGCAGUACAUCAUACUUAUAAUCACGCACUACUGAGAUACUCCGACACGCGCACACACACACUCACACACCUAUCUACACAAGGACACAGAAACAGUAUUUCUACGUACAGUAUAUAUAAACACAUACAUAUGCAUUCCCAAACAAAAUGUACAAACGGUUUCUUACAUAGACACGCACAAGCAGACAGUGUUGUGCCAGUACACGGUUAGUGUCUGGAUGACACCCGGGCAACAUCAACCUCCUUGUUGCACACUCAAAUGUUGUACACAGCUCACACGCUAACUUGGACAGAUGAGUAAGGGGAAAGUAGGGGAAAAGAAAGUAUUGGUCAAGGAUGUGAUAAAGGAAGUGAGACAGGGGGAGAUUUUCACCGAGAAAACCACCGUUCGAACGUACAAAGAGCAUGUCAGAAAAGAGGGAGAGUGAAGAGAGAACAUGACAAGCACACAGGUGUGUGGAAAGGUAUGGUUGCACUGGCGUUCUAUUAACCCCAGCUGGCUGCUUAACGGGGGUUUGAGUCGAGCUUGACUGAUUUAACUGGAGCAGGGUUGAGUGCCGUGUUUUGUGGCGAGGCCCACGACUCCGUCAGCGAUUCAGGGGAUCUAGACUCCAUCCACCUGAAUCAAUCCCUAUUUGUAUCUGAAGGGUAGCACCUCCGAAUCGUUUUGUCGUGGAGGGGGGGUGCCUUUGACAUAGUUGUUCGAGGAGUAGAAUGGGACGGUAGACACGGAAUACAACAAAAACAAAUCAACUGAAAGCUCCAAGAUGCAUGUACGGUUUUCUAUGGAAGGUAAAGAGGAAACAGCAUUUCUGGAGUAACAUUGAAACAAGCUUUAAAUGCUGUGUUGGUGUAAAUAUUGGUACUCUUGUAUAUAGCGUAAUUUAGGAGUGUAGUUCAUAUUUAUUAAAGAAUAAUUUCUCCGCAGAUAUGACGGAAUGGAGUGGCCAGUAGGAACAGAUAGAGUAUAAUGAAUGGGGCUCGGAAACUAGUCACUACUUUAUGACUCGACAGGAAAACAGCUUUUGCCAGUAGCUUGUGUACAUCAUGGCAUCAUAAUGGUUAAUAACCACACCUUCUAAAUACAUUAAAAUAACAGUCUUAGGAGGCACAGAAGAAUGAACCAUCAAGUUUGGUUUCACUGGAGAUUACAGCGAGAAUCAUAUUGAUGGGCACUUCCACAUCGGACCGUUGUCCUCCCUCACCAUCAUGUUUGAGACCUUGUACAUUUUCCUGUCCAUUUCAAACUAUUAUUCGGCAAUGCAGGCACAUUGAUGGUGUAAAUACAAUCAACUGAAACACUACUACACAAAACGACACAUUAAUCUGCAAUAGCGAGUGUAAAUGUAAUGUAUACAACAACAAAAACUCUUUACCUGAAUACAGUUAUAAACUGAAAAGCAUAUUCAAAUAUACUGAGUGUUUUGGGCUCCAAGCUUGCUCUGUGGGCAGUCAUAUCGGUUAAUGCAGAAGUAUUGGAUAAUUGGUCACUGGAUUAUCAGUCAUGUUUAGGAGUCUGUCCACAAGAGAAUGAGCGGACAGCGACCAUACAGUGUCCACUGGUGUAUGUGACAGGGGUGAGACGUAGGGUCUUGUGUGUUCGGUCCAAUAGAGAGAAACCUGUCAGCCUGAUCCUGAUCAGGAGCUAGUACACGUUUCUGUACCGAGAUGUUUGUAUUGUUGUUCAUUCAAUCCAAUCCGUCAAUAUUUGUGAAGAAAUAAAUGUUAAAUUUGUGGGGGGGGGGUGGUGGGGGGGGGCACUUUUAGGCGUGAAGGGCUCCAACUAAUCUUCUGUGGUAUUACAGAUGGAGGUGCAUGACAACACAGGCAUGGUCAACAAAACAAUGCAUGGUUGAUGACAUGAGAAAACUGGAUUACUUUAUUUUCUGGGAGAAUGGUGCAGAUUUGAGUCCAGGUCCAGACCGCAGCCAGACCUGUGACGAGCAUGCAGUCCUGCCUCUGCUCCUCACCUGUUUACAUUAAAGGCUGCCCUGGGAUCAGCUUAACUCUACUCCAGCUUUUUUCUAGGCUUUCAGUGCAUCGACUUUGUAAAAAAGCGGGAAUUCAAAUCUCCCCCUUUGCGUAGCUGGGAUAGGUUUGAUUUCAAGCCGUAGGGUCACGUUGGUAUAACGUCAGCAGGUUACACAGUAGUUCACACAGUGUAACUAGCUACUGAUCCUUGCUACAGUAAUUCUGCAUCCUACCCAUUUAAUGCCUUUAGUCUAGUAUUUAAUGUUUAGUUUAAUGUUACCGGUCUUAGACGGUAUGUGUAUGCUUUGAGUGGCCAACAAAAACCAAACUAAUGAAUGUGCAAUAUGGAAACCAGUGGCAGACAAGCAAUCUCUACUACAUAGCUAAGUACACUUCAGUGGAACAUAUAAUUACAAACAAACGGAUAUACUGACAUUUUGAAAGAUCCACUUAGAUUCUAUAUAGCAGGCCUAUUUACUAUAUCAUAUACUGUAACUUCUGCCCCAAUCUCAAUGAGAUGAAAGUGCAAUAAGAAGUCAAAGAUAACAGGAAAUGGGGUAGAGAUCUGACACAAGACUGUCCAUGGUCCUUAAAUGUGGUCUAAUUGCCUGCGUUGUAUGUGAAUUGCUAGGAAAACAUUGAAAAACUGUGAAGAGAAGACAAAAAGACAGACACAAAAUGAUGUGUUCAUCUCAGUUUACAUAAUACCAACAACAAUUUCAGUUACGAUUGUCUUGGCCUUCGCUAAGUUUUUUCCCACUGCCAGUGUUUGUAAACUUUUGAAAAGCAACUUUUUAUCUUUACUUCCAAAAUAUACAGGAAGACAAAUGUUUCUAUUUCCAAACAAUAUUGAUAAUGACGGAGGCACUAACUUAUAGAUGUAGACCCUAUGGUUUAGGCAAGAAAUGAAAAGAAAUGUUUUGAUAUUCUAAUUUUCCACUAUGAGGAAAAAUUACCCCUUGCACUGUUCAUUUGAUGUGGCGCUAACAAGUGUCUCAUUUCUUGCCUACAUUAUACUAUUUAGUUGGUUAAAGUACUGUUCCUAUGUUUUUGUACAUUUGUACAUUUCUGUUCCCCAGAGUUAAAUUAUUUAUAUUUAUUAAUGAUAUUCUAUUGUUCAAAAGCUUCUUGAAGCAAACCAUAUUGUUACAGUACUUCAGAAUGUAGUUGCAAUGUGCAAUACAAGCCUGAAUCAUCUUUGUUUCAGUCUUUUGAAGAGCAGUCAGCUCAGCUAACUCAGUGGGAGUUUAAAAAGAGAAACCACUUCCCUCCCCUGUUAGUUGCGCCCUCUGUCGACUCACAUAUAUAUAUUUAUUUAUUUAAUUAAGAACUUGGAGACUAUCAAAUAAGAUUAGCAUGUUUACAUUAAAACACUACUGACACUGCAGGUAUCUCGUCAGUUUCUUUAGGGUCUGGGUAUAAAGGAUGAAAAUUAAAGGAAAGCUACAGUAGACAUUGUGUUCGUUAUGAUAGCUAAUUGUCUGGCUUUGGCCGUUGCUGCCGAAGAGAUAUCACCCCCCCGGAUGUUUACAUAUGUGUGUUUCCUGUGUGCCAAUGCAUGAACCCUCUUGUGUGUUAGCAUGGUCUGUUAUGGAUGUCUAGGUUUACAUUUGGAUCAAGUUAUCCAAAAAAAACUGUUUCCCCGUUUGUCCCAAUGUCUUACGUCAGAUGUUGUAGACACUCUGCGUACGUAAUGGCGUCCAGGCAAUGCCUCUUGUCCGGUGUGUGACCGCUUGCGUGGUCCGCUGAGACUUUGCAAAAGACUAAGCAAUGUCGAGUUGGGGCUAGCAGCAGAUGAAUCCCCCCUUUUUUUAAUUAUUACACUUAUUCAUAUUUCACUACCUAUAAAAUCUGUGAAAAGAAAGGUCGACUUUUUCUGUCCUUGUGUGAACAUUUCCGAUAAUUUUGUUGUCAGUUUGUUGGAGUGUGAUAUUUCUGUGUCUGUGUUGGGGGGACUCACCCCAGGUGUUCUUCAGUGUGUCCUUUGUGCGGUUCUAUCUGUCAACCUUUUCUCUCUGCCUGACAUUUGUAGGGAAUAAUGACUGACUUAAAGAAGAUAUGUGAUGUAUACAUUUAUUCAAUAUUGUAAUAAAUUCAUUGAAAAUUAAAUUAAUUUUUUAUGAGAGACAAAAAAAGACAAAUGGAGAAUAAUGGCAUGAUGUGUAAUGUGUUUGAAAAACCACAACUAUGUAGUAAUCAAGUUGACCUUAUUGAAUAUAGUUUAUUUAUUUUCAACGCUUAA